AUGUUCCUACCAUCUAUCUUUCCCAACCGAGGAUCUAGCUUUAAUAUAGACUCCGAUAUUCCUCCUCUAGAUGGCAAAGUCAUCCUCAUGACUGGGGGUACAAGUGGUCUUGGCAAACAGACCGUUAUCGAGUUGGCCAAGCAUCGCCCCGCACGUAUAUGGCUGGCGGCGCGCAACGCUGAAAAGGCCUCGGCUACCGCCAGGGAGAUCCAGGAGGUAGUGGGCAGUGAAAGUGUUCUCAGUAUCCUCGUACUGGACCUUAGCUCGCUUGAGACGGUGAGCGCAGCAGCCAAAAUCGUUCGGGCGGAGUCGUCGAGACUGGACCUCCUGAUAUUAAAUGCGGCAGUCAUGGUACCUGCUGCCGCGCAGACCGCUGCCGGGUACGAACUGCAGUUCGCGACUAAUCAUCUUGGCCACGCACUUCUGAUACAAAAUCUGUUGCCAUUGCUACUGGAGACACAGAAAAGAGAUACGCGAGCAAAUGUGCGCAUUGUGAGCCUGACCUCAACCGCUCAUCGGAUGGCACCCCCUGGUGGCAUUCACUUCGAGCUGCUCCAGUCUCCUGCAGAGACCCUUUCGCCAUUAUCCCGUUACGCUCAAAGCAGGCUGGCCAACAUCCUGUACACCCGGGCAAUAGCUCGGCGUCAUCCCGAUCUCACGGUUGUCUCUGUGCACCCGGCCAUAUCGAAGACACCCCUCAUUGGGCAGUUUGCCGAGUCGCUCUCUCUCAAUCCGGAUAUGGUCCGGUUAACCUCCCCGCUGUGGUUGCACGAUAUCCGAGAAGGCAUCAAAAAUCCAUUGUGGGCCGCGUUCGCACCAGAUGUGCGCAGUGGUGAAUAUUAUGAGCCAAUUGGUGUGCGUGGAAGGGCCAGUCGUGAUGCUUCUGAUAAUGACCUAGAGCACAAACUGUGGGAUUGGACAGAGAAUGAGCUACACAAGUGGAAAUAA